GUUGACGAAUGCUGGUGGUUGCCUCAACUUGCACUGCUCCUCAUAUUGUCACUUCAUUAAGUCACCGACUCUAAACCGUUACAAACCCAGAAAUCCCAGUUAAAAACAACAGGACAGUUUUUCAUCCACCAAAAUGUUCAUAGCACGGUCCGAAUAUGACCGUGGAAUCAACACCUUCUCGCCAGAAGGGCGGCUCUUCCAAGUCGAAUACUCCCUAGAAGCAAUCAAGCUCGGAUCAACGGCUAUUGGGGUUGCAACCAGCGAGGGUGUCAUCCUCGGCGUCGAGAAACGAGUGACCUCCACUCUCUUAGAAACCUCCUCGGUCGAGAAGAUCGUCGAGAUCGACCGACACAUCGGAUGCGCCAUGUCGGGCCUGCAGGCGGACGCGCGGUCCAUGGUCGAGCACGCCCGCGUCGAAUCACAGAACCAUUCGUUCCAUUACAACGAGCCGCUACGGGUCGAGAGCUGUACGCAGGCCAUCUGUGACCUGGCCUUGCGGUUUGGCGAAGGCGCGGAUGGCGAGGAGAGCAUCAUGUCUCGACCCUUCGGUGUUGCGCUGCUGAUUGCUGGAUAUGACGAGGAUGGACCAUCGCUAUACCACGCCGAACCUUCGGGUACGUUCUAUCGGUACGACGCGAAAGCCAUAGGAUCCGGCUCCGAGGGAGCCCAGGCGGAACUUCAGAAUGAAUUCCACAAGUCAUUGACCUUGCCCGAGGCGGAGGUGUUGGUGCUGAAGACGCUUAAGCAGGUGAUGGAGGAGAAACUGGACGAGAAGAACGUGCAGUUGGCCAGCGUGACGAAGGACAAGGGCUUUAGGAUCUAUACGGAUGCGGAGAUGGCGGAGGUCGUGGGCAGGUUACCGAAGAACUAGACGUCACGUUGAUUUGGGGAUCCUGGGAUUAUCUACGAAGCUGGCGCGUUCGGCAAGGCGUCUCGUCACGUACUUCCUCAUCGGUCCUCCUGUCAUAGGGAGCGCGCACAUCGAAUGAGAUUUACAGUCAAGAUUCGCUCUAUAAUGGUUUAUCGUAAUGGUACAUGGUCCGGCUUCUAUGCACAGCAACGUUGUCUUCCGACCACGAACUUUUCACCCCAUGGACAGGUAAUCCACCGAUGUCCACGUCCGCUCAGAAGGGGUUGUCUUCCGGAGCAAUCUCGCGCUUGAAUUUGUGGCCGAUGAGAGGAAGCUUUUGCAUGAUAUCAACGCUGACCCGGGGCACGUCGGCGAAGAAGAAGAGAGCGAAGAAGCCUAGUGAUGCGGCCAUGCCGCCUCCAAUGAAGGACCUGGAAUCGGAAGUCAGUAACAGAUUCUAAUAGUCCAUGUAUUUGAUCCGGCCGUCGAUCGUGACAACAGU